AUGUCUUUUUCGAAGAGCCAAGUCGUGGAGGAAGCCGAGACAGUCCCAGGCAUCGUCACACCGAAGCCAUCCUUCGGCGCACGAGUCGGCGCACACUUCAAGCGAUUCUGGUGGGCGCAUUUGAUCUUCUUUGUGGUUUGCGUACUGGUGAUCUCGUUGCCAGUUGUCUACGUUGCCUACCCCAAAAUCGCCCAAGAUGCAGUCAACGACUCAACCCUCGACAUAAAAAAGAUGGUCAUUAGCGACCCAACCCCCGAUUCCUUCCAGCUGAACCAGACACAAGUUCUCGGCUCAAAGAGUCCUUACCACCCACAGAUCUACGAGUUCGAUGCUAAGGUCUCUCUCGCCGGUGCUGCGGAUCCGUUCACGACUGUCCGUGUGCCUGGCGUUAAGUCUGUUGAUGGUGUUGAGAUCCAUGUUGAUCAGAUGGUUGAUUUGAGUGAUACUGCUGCGUUUGGGGAUUAUGCUACGGCUGUCAUGCUUAAUGAGGAGGUUAAGUUGAAUAUUUAUGGCACUCCUGGUUUGAAGCAGGGUGGUUUGCCGAAGACUUCGGUUACUUAUAAUAAGACUGUUGUUAUGAAGGGAUUGAACAAACUCGAGGGCUUCGCUGUCCCCGAUUUCCACAUCAUGAUCCCCUCCGUGAAUGGGUAUAACAUGAACGGAACGGUUUACAUUCCUAACCCGUCUGUCAUGACCAUCUCGAUGGGAAACCUAACCCUCAACCUCGCCGUCAAGGGCAAAGCAAUGGGCCAAACCUACCUCAACGACCUAGUCCUUAAACCAGGCAACAACACCAUCCCCAUGCUCGCAAACGUCGAUCAAGCAGCCAUCUUGACUAUGCUCUCUCCAGCCAACAACCAAUACAAAGAUGGCAUUGUCCCAUUCACGAUUACUGGCAAUUCCAGCGUGUAUCACGGCAAGAACCUGGAAUACUUUACCAAGGCUCUUGCGGCGAAUGAAUUGACUGUGAACUUGAACGUUUAUCAGGCGCUUAAGGAAGCUGGUCUUGAUUUGUCGGGUAGCUCUUGA